GUUCGUUGGCGGCGCGAGCGGAACUGGAGUAGGUUGGGAUUGUGUGUCGGUGGCCUGGUUUGGAAGCUGAUUGGUCACCAUGGCAUCCCGUGCAGGUCCACGAGCAGCAGGAACAGAUGGCAGUGACUUCCAACAUAGAGAAAAAGUGGCUUCACAUUAUCAGAUGAGUGUGACUUUGAAGUCUGAGAUCAAGAAACUGAUAAUUGCUCACAUGGUAAUUUGGACAUUGCUCACUCUUCAGGUUAUUAUCAGUCACAUGAAAUUGGUGUCGCAUGACCUGAUAGCUAUGCCAUACCAAUGGGAAUACCCAUACCUGCUGAGCAUCAUACCAUCCAUCUUCGGUUUUAUGUCCUUUCCUCGUAACAACAUCAGUUACCUUGUACUCUCCAUGAUCAGUGCAGGGCUGUUCUCCAUUGCACCUCUAAUUUAUGGCACCAUGGAGAUGUUCCCCAUGGCACAACAGCUCUAUCGGCAUGGCAAGGCCUACCGCUUCAUCUUUGGCUUUUCUGCUGUAGCAGUCAUGUACUUGGUCUUAGUUAUUGCAGUGCAAGUUCAUGGCUGGCAGAUCUACUACAGCAAAAAAUUACUGGACUCUUGGUUUACCUCCACACAGGAAAAGAAGAAGAAAUAGUUGGCAGAUGAAAGCAUCCUUAAAAUACUGAGAGCUGGUGAAUGAACAAUGACAAUAUAAUGGGACUGCAUCAGUCCUGUAAAUAUGAUAGUCUUGUGCUUAGAUUGUUUUGCGUAUGCUGUUUUGUUAUUACCACCAUCUUUGUACCCUAGAGCAUUUGUUUCCACAUAACUUAAAAGUGGCAGUUGCACAUCUCCAGGUCAUUUGGUGCAAAUGUUAUUUCAUACUGUGGAUGUCAAUGUGAUGCUUCAUACUCAUUUAAGGAUACAACAAUGUUACUAAGCUGCUGGUGAAAUGCAGAAAAGUUUCCACUGAAUAUGAAAUUUUUAAAUCAAAGAUUUGAUUGUACUUUCUGUUGAUAUGCUGUAGCUUGUGAUUUUACAUUAGGGCAUUUUUUUUUGUUUCAUUGGCUGUGAAAAGCUGCUAUCAGAUUUUUUGUUAACAUCAUUUAGUUUUGCUAACUAAUUAAGCUUAAGUUGUAAGCUGGUAAAUUGAACCAUUAUGUAGUAUUGGGACUUGUGCUAAGCCUCAUCCAGACUGUUUUUAAAAACAAUCAUAAUUGGAUAGAAUGUUGAGACCCAUAAGAUUUGUUCACUCCUUGAAGAUUAAGUCAGCCUUUUCAUAGUUACCUUGAAAUCUUGAAAUCGUUCCAAAUUAAUUGAAUUAUUUAAUUAAAAAUACUUAUGUUAGCUCAAUUAAAAGGAGUUAAAGUAGCUUUGUUAACAAUUUUACUUAAGACCAACGUAUAGCAGUGCAUUUAACCUUUUGCAUAUACUUUAGUUGUGUUAGACAACUGUCUGCAUUCUGGAUAUACCUCCUGCGCAUUUUGCAGUCAGUAAUGUUGCGUGUAAACCCAUCUCUGUAUAUUUUGGAUCUCAUGAUCUCAAGUGUAAAAUUUGUAUGUAUAGUUGUGGAUGGGGUUUUUUACAACCUCUUUAUUUACAAUAGGAAGACAAGUCUUAAUAUGUGGCACAACAAUAAUAUUGUUUGCCUUCAGAGAAAUGCAAAGGUUGGCAGCACCUCUGCAAUUAUUUAAUCAUAACAGCAUGCCUACAUAAGCAUCAUCGUGCUGUAUAAAAAUGAACUUCAUUCCAUUGGCCAGUUGUAACCUUGCCUAACAAAUUGAGUUGGAUUCCUCCUCCAUAAUCAAACUUAAGGGAAGAAUUUCUUCCUGUUUAUUUGUGGAGGUGGAAAGACUUUGACAGUAGAAAAACACUGAGAUGGAAGACCUGAUAAUUGUGGGGAGCAUGGGUUGCAUUUCAGUUACUACAGGUUUGAUUUUUUAAGUCUAGGGGCUUCGCACUUAGCUGUCAGAAAAAUGAAAAUGUUAGACAUAAUUCAUUCUAUAUUGAGUAAUGUUUGUAUUUUAUUUCCAGAUGGGAGUCAGCGAAUUUCAUUUUUAUUCUGAUUUUCACAAUUUCAUCUUAUGCUUGCCACCAUGGCAGAAAUUGGGUGCAAUGCUUUGUUCAAUGUUAUGUGCUGGUGCAACAUAAUUUACUUGACCUUUGAUGUAAAUGGGAUAAAUUGACGCCAAUGUGUGUAUUUUGUGCUUUGUGAAUAAAAUUGAGUCAUCAUACAUUUAUCCUUGUAGACUUAAUUUAUCGAUUUGUCUUCUACAUCAUUUGCAAAUCUUUAAUUAGGUCAAGGAUUACUGUUGAAAAGCUCUGGUUAUUAAUAUUCUAAGCAACAUGAUGUAAAGACAACAAUCUCUCCAUCAACGUUAGAAAACAAAGGAGUUGGUCUUUGACUUCAGAAAGUGGAGUGGACAACACGCCCCUGUCUGCAUCAAUGGUGCUGAGGUGAAGAUGGUUGAGAGCAUCAAGUUCUUGGAGUAGUGAUGGUCAAGAAAGCACAACAAUGUCUCUACUUCCUCAAGAGGCUAAGGAAAUUUGGUAUGUCUGCAAACACUCGCUCCAAGUCUUAGGACGUUUUCUACGAUGCAUCUAUAUAUGGAUGUAUCACAGCGUGGUAUGGCAACUGCCCUUCCCAAGACUGCAAGAAACUGCAGUCGUUAACAUAGCUCAGACCAUCACACAACCCAGCUUUGCAUUCAUUGACUCCAUCUAUACUCCCCAUUACCACGGGAAAACAACCAACAUACAAAGGCCUCUUCCAUUGGGCAGUAGAUAUAAAAACUUGAAUACACAUCUGGACAAAUUCAAAAGAAGCUUAUUUCCUGCUGUUAGAAUUUUGAACUGACCUCUCAAAUUAAUUCUGAUCUCUGCACUUUUUCUGUGGCUGUAACACUGUACUCUACACCCUGAACUGCUACCAUGAUGUACUUUGUUUGAUAUGAUCUGCCUGUACAG